GGUCCGAAGUCCUCUGAACUAGUACACAACAACCUCUCUUUCAGGCCUCUCUCUGACCUUAAAAAAAAAACAAAAAUCCCAAUCUCUUGUUCGAUCUCAGAGCCACAGACCAAAACCCUAACCCAGUAACCACUCUGAUGUCGAACUUGGAAGAUGUGCCCUCCGCCGAUCUUUUCAGUGAGGUGCUUCGUCGUUUGAAGUGCUCCACCAAGCCUGACAAGCGCCUCAUUCUUGUGGGUCCACCUGGCUCAGGAAAAGGUACCCAAUCGCCUGUUAUUAAGGACGAGUACUGCUUGUGCCACUUGGCUACCGGCGAUAUGUUGAGAUCCGCUGUUGCUGCUAAGACUCCUCUUGGCGUUAAAGCUAAGGAGGCUAUGGAGAAGGGAGAACUUGUUUCUGAUGACCUGGUUGUGGGCAUCAUUGAUGAAGCAUUGAAGAAGCCUUCUUGCCAGAAAGGUUUCAUUCUUGAUGGAUUUCCGAGAACUGUGGUCCAAGCACAGAAGCUAGAUGAGAUGCUCCAAAAUCGUGGAGUUAAGGUUGAUAAGGUGCUCAACUUUGCAAUUGAUGACUCAAUCUUGGAAGAGAGGAUUACAGGUCGCUGGAUUCACCCAUCCAGUGGCAGAAGCUAUCACACAAAAUUUGCACCACCCAAGGUUCCUGGUGUUGAUGAUGUAACUGGAGAGCCUCUCAUUCAACGUAAGGAUGAUACUGCAGCCGUUCUCAAGUCAAGGCUGGAAGCAUUUCACAAGCAAACUGAACCAGUUAUUGAUUAUUAUUCCAAGAAAGGAGUUGUUGCCAAUCUUCCAGCUGAGAAACCUCCGAAAGAGGUCACUGUUGAGGUUCAGAAAGUGCUCUCGUCGUAAAACAUGGUCCUCCUGGAUGAUUCAUCCAAAAGCCCAAGUUUUUUUGAUCACUUGUAUUCUGAUAUACAAUUGAGUUAGAUGAUUUUCUGCUCAUGUGUUGAAUUUCAAACUGAAAGCACCGGCUGCUGUCAACUCUUAAAGAGUUUAAUUAGAGAAGUAACCUGUCAAAUAAAAUUUUACUGAACCUUUUUUUCGUAAUUGAAAAAGUUAGUGUUGGUUAACUUCUGAUCAUAA